AACAAAGCUUAAGUGCCAAAAAAGGGGGUCUGGAGUUCUUCUAGGCUUUGUAAGGUCAGGGGCAUUGAGUUUUGGGCUUCUGCAAUGUCAGGGGCGUGGGCAACAGGAGUGGCAACAAGGUUGAUUGGCACCAGGGCUUGGAUUGCUAGCGACAAGGAGAGUACAAUAGCAUGGAUAGCGGGCGCCAUCUGCUCUCUGGAUUGCGGUGGCUGUAGAGUGUCUGAAGCAGACACUACUAGAAAACCACCACGUUAUGGCUGUUUUCAUAGCGGCAGCCCCUAUGGGCACUACGCUAUGGCUGUUAUAGCGCCAUAGCGGGCGCUAUUGACAACACUAGUUGUCAUUUCAUUUUUGGAAAAGAGAAGUUUCAUUUUUUUAAACUCCUACUGGCAUUAAAGAGCUUAAUAGUGAGUUUUCAUGUUCAUAGAUUCCAAGAACUCCCUGUCUUCUUUCCUCAAUUCCUAUAAAUAUGAAAUAGUCAUAACAACCUUUGUUUUUAUAAUAAUAGUUAUUAUCUUAGUAAUUUUAAUGUUUUCUCUUCUGUUCAGUUGGUGCUACCCAAGCUGCUGUGGAUGCUGGAUUUGUUCCCACUGACAUCUAUAGGUUAACCAUCAUUGUAAAUAGAUUGCUUUGAAGAAGUCUGGUUUUGAUAUCACCUAUCUUCAACCAAACAAAAAUGGGCGAAAUAGAAAAGAUUUGAUAGAAUAAAUGGUCAAUUGUGCAGAGUUUUAGUGCAAGUAUGCAAAACAAACAAUUAACAUGGAGUGCUUGAACACAUUACUUUCUUUUUCAUACCAUUCUGUCUGGAACUUCACAUUCUGUUUGAAAAACAUAAAAAUAUCUUCGUGUUAGGAUGCAAAUUUCACGAAAAUUUCACCACAUCGCAAUUGAACCAAAUGUGAAAUGGCUUGAAAGACCUUUAUAUCAGUUGGUCAAACUGGAAAAAUUGUGGCCCCAGAAGGAUACAUAGCAUUUGGUGUUUCAGGAGCCACCAACAUUUAGCUGGCAUGAAAGAUUCAAAGUUAACAAACAUGCAGAUGCUCCCAUUUUCCAGAUAUCCUAGACUUCUACCAUGUGCAUUGAGCAUUCUCGUGAUUAAUUAACUCUUGAAAUGACGGUAGCUGAUGAAGUGAUGCCAGAGUUGUGAGAGAAGCUUCCCAAGAAAAAUUGGGCCUUCCUGCUGCUGCUCCCACCUUUGAAUAAUGUAAUGUAGUGUCCUGUAUUUUGCUCUGCUUCACUUCUUUGGUAAAAUAAACGGUUUUAGGAAAUACUGGAAUUGCUUCUUUGAUGAAGUGUUAACUAAAGUUACAUGCACUGC